CUCUUCGACUAUUUGUGUAUCUUUUCCACAGGUGACAGAUCAGUCAGUGAAAGCUUUUGCUGAGCAUUGUCCAGAGCUACAGUAUGUUGGUUUCAUGGGCUGCUCUGUAACAUCGAAAGGAGUCAUUCACCUCACCAACCUAAGAAAUCUUUCCAGCUUGGAUCUGCGUCAUAUCACAGAACUGGACAAUGAAACCGUGAUGGAAAUAGUAAAGAGAUGCAAAAACCUUAAUUCUCUCAAUCUGUGUCUGAACUGGAUCAUUAAUGACAGAUUUGCAGAACAUCUGGAGGUUGUUCAGAGUAAGCUAUGGUUGCGACUUCGAGGCAAAUAUGCGGUAUCUGCAUGGCACAGUAAAACAGCGAGUAAUACUGGUUGGUGAACUUGUAGUAGUUAUCAUUAACUGCCAUCAGAGUUUUGAUCAGUGAUGUGGGGAAGAUAAGCAUUAUGUACACCUCCCUGAGCUUUCAGCAGAGAUGGGAAGUCUGGUUUUGUUCUAAUUAUACUGCUUUUGAGAAUACUGGCCUUCUGUACAGUGCUUUCAUGAAAUAUCAUGGUGGGUAAUCCAUAGUAAAUGCUGUAAUAAGACAGUCUCCCCAUACUCUAGUGAUAAAGACUUGUGAGAAGCCUAAGGUGGAGGAACUUUGACAUACAGAUUUCAACGAGGGUCAGGAAGUCAAAGUAUGUAAGAAAUUCAAAGGAAACGUGGUAGAUGGUUGAAGGCCAGACCAUAAGCCUGGAUGCCAAAAUGUUUGUGCAGCAGCACAGUCAGGAGAAAGGAACAUUUUCUGCUUUGAAGAGGCUCAUAUACUUUGUUCUGCUGGGUCACUAAUGCAGCAACAUUUUCUCAGGAUUGGGCAUCAUACUUGUAGUCAUAGAGCAUAUAGGGAGUUCUGCGUUGUUAGUUAGCAGAAUAAAUUGUUAAUGUGGCCUUCCAUAAGUUAGAAAAGUAUUUAAAUGAUGUGUGUUGACUGCCUAUCAUGAGUUCACAUGAACCCAUGUAAUCAGCCUUGGGAGUGUCUGCUAAGGUCUGGAUGUGUUUUGCAUGGAGGACACAGUGCUGAAGAUGAUCUCAGUGGGUGAUUAGCUGAUUGUGUUUAGUCUCAGAGCUGCUGGUGUAUAUGAAUGCCCCAACAUUUCAUCAGCAAACAUAAGCAUCAGAAUAGUAGCUCAGCUCUUACAGUAUGUUUUUUAUAACAUGCAGGAUUAGUGAAUGCUAAAAUCAUUUUCAAGAAAGAUAAUCAAAUUAGUCUUCUCUUCCUGGCACUAUAAGUCUCUGCAUUUUAAGUGUGAAAAUUAUUUUAAUAAAAUUACUGCUAAAAAUAUGUAUA